CAGGCCGAAACCAAGGGGAUGAUUGUUUGCCAGACAAAUAGCGCCGGUAGUGAUGAAAGUCAUUAAUUUGUAUCGGAUAUUCUAGCGUGGGUUACUACUGCAUUUAACGCGGGAUUUUCAAAUCAGUAGAUGACUGACAGAAAAAUAUCGUCAACUGUGGUAUUUGAGGUAUGUAUGCAUACGUGUGUACUCAGCAAUUAUGUAAUCAGGACUUGCACAAUUUUAUCUGUUGUACAACUCAUUAAGCAAACUAUCUUCGCCGAUUAAUAAUCCACCACUGUACUUCAUAAAGCCGCCCUUAUAACUGAACGUUUGAGUUCGACAACAAACAACCAUAGACUGACUGAAGUAGUAAAUGUGCCUGAUUAUUGCCGGCACUGUGACUUAUCUGACUGUGAAAAUGACGAAGGCAUUUCCGGACAAGAGAAUUUGGGCUUUAGUAGCUUUCACUGCAUUAACUUUUUUCGUUGGAAUAAUAACUAUGAGUGUGGGAAUAACCCUCAUAACAAAAUCAAAACAAGCGGAGGACGAAGCUACGCCGAUGCCAACUCCAACAUAUUCAGUCUUGUAUGACUCAAGUUUAUUGCAGCUUCAGUAUCAAUACAAAAUGGAAAAGACUGUGCUUUCCACCCAUUUGGCCCAAGCUGCUGACGGUCGAAGACCCCUGAACUACAGUUUUGUUAGUUCUGAACAAGGUACAAACUCGGAAUCAGAUCAGACUGUCAGCCUUCGAUUCAGCAGUGAAGAAAAUGGCGACGCUCAAAUGACUAUGACCUUGAAAGACCUCGGAAUGGAAGGGAACGUUGCUUCCUACGAAGUAUCAUGGACUAGUGAAGCAGAAUGGUUGGAACCAACAGACUGUUUUUCAAUGUCACCAUACGGAGAUGGCUGGUUCGGUGGUUCAGAAAUGUAUUAUCAGUGGUGGCCUAUAAACAGAUGGUCAAAAGAGAUGUCGUUCUACUUAUCGGGAGAUAUGUACUCAGAUGCUCAACAAUAUGGUUCUGUAUUGGAACGGUAUUGGCUUUCGGCAACUGGGGCAGCAUUGUAUGUUGAUGCUGAUGUACCUUUGCAUGUUAGCACUGAAAAUUAUAGACUAUGUUUCAAGGGUUCAUUCAAAAAUUCACCGUAUAGAGAAAGUGCAACGUCAUCAGAAGGAUUACCAUUUCUGAAAUAUAGAGUUUUUCUAUCACCAGACGCAAGACAGACGCAUGAAUAUGUGUUUUUGAAAUCUGGACUUUUGAAACGACCACAACAACUUCCCGAUCGACGAAUGAUUAAAUCACCAAUCUGGUCUACAUGGGCAAGAUAUAAACAAAAUGUCACUCAAGAUGUCGUACUUGGAUAUGCAAAUGAAAUCGAAUCAAAGGGAUUUAGUAAUAGCCAGCUUGAAAUUGAUGACGGUUACGAAACGAGUUACGGAGACUACACUUUCGACCCAGUGAAGUUUCCAGAUGCAGCUGGUAUGAUAGAACAACUACACAAUAAAGGAUUUCGAGUCACAACAUGGGUGACAACAUUUGUUAAUAGAAGAUCUGUAAAUUAUAAUGAAACGCAAUAUUUUGUUAAAAAUGGCGAAGGAGAUGUUGGCAACGUUGUUUGGUGGGAUGGAGUUGGAGCUCUGGUCGACUAUACUAAUCCUGCAGCUUGUGAUUGGUAUGUUUCUAAUCUUGAAAAAGUACGUCAAAGAUAUGGAGUUGAUUCUUUUAAAUUUGAUGCUGGAGAAAUAAACUAUCUAACAUCAAUACCUGAUUACCAGACGCAUGAAUUCUUGAAAAAUCCUGGAACUUAUACAACGGAUUACGCAGCAUGUGCUCACAGACUUGGCGAUCAGAUUGAAGUUAGAGCAUCAUGGAGAAACCAAGAUCUCCCAAUAUUCGUGCGAAUGAUGGAUAAAGAUUCGAACUGGACUCCAGCGAAAGGCUUGAAGACAAUGAUACCCACGGCUUUAACUUUUAGUUUACUUGGAUAUCCCUACAUUCUACCAGAUAUGAUCGGAGGAAAUGGUUAUGAAAACGGAUUUUUGCAACAAUAUUUACCGGAACGGGAACUUUACAUUCGAUGGCUCGAAAUGACUGCAUUUCUUCCCGCGAUGCAAUUUUCAAUAUCACCAUGGCAAUUUGACGACGAGGUGACUGAGCUCGCAAAGCAAUACGUUGAAAUACACGAGACGACAGUGUAUGAAGAAUUAACCAAGGCGUUCCAAGAAUACAUCGAUGGCGAUACUGGAAUGGGAGCGAUAAGACCUAUCUGGUGGAUUGCACCAACAGAUAAAAACAGUUAUCAAAUCGAUGACGAAUUUUUAAUUGGAGAUAGAUACCUCGUGGCACCGAUUGUGGAGAAUGCCACAAGAAGUAGAGACGUUUAUUUACCAGGACCAUCUGGCUCUGAUGGCCAACCACUUAUGUGGAUGGAUAGACUACGAGAGGGUGGAGAUCCUAUCAAGGGUGGAGUCACAAUAAAAAACUACGCAGUAAAUUUAGAAGAAAUAUCUUGGUGGGAACUAAAGUAAACCAAUUUUGGUUUGUAAAGAUAACGUCAGAUUGAAAUUAAAUUAUUAGCUAUUAAGAAAGUUUUACAGCCGUGAAUACAUGACGAUGAAUCCCGGUAUAGAAAACGGUUCGUCAGAUCAAACCACGAAAAAAAAGAGAAAAUUUAAUGACUUAGUAUUGAAAAAAAAUUCAGCAAAAUUAGAGGAAAAUUCUAAAAAAAUAGACAGUGAUGUCAUUGUCGUCACGGAACUCGUAACCGUAAUUUUUAUCGAUUUUUUAAACGUAAUACUUGUUCGUAUAAACUUCAAACAAAGACUGCCAAGCUCGGUACCCUGCUAUAAAUCCCAGGAAUAGAUGUGCAAUGACUUAUCAGUGAAUGAGCAGGCUGGACCUCCUACACGUCAUUCGGAUGCAUAAAUUCCAUAUUCAGAUUUAGACAAUUUUGCCCUGCAAUCAGUAAAUUUCCCAAGAAAAUGUAAAACACUAUUACAAAUUAGGAGAUAUCGGGUCAAUUUUAAACGGCGGCCCUUCCUAUGCUCACAUGACUGUCCGAAUUUCCGAUCUGAUGAGUAAAAUAUAAUAAACACCGAUGGAAAAGCGCUAGCUUGUUGCACUAAUGAAGAAAAUAUUUUUUUUCCAACUAUUCUAUCGACUGUAUCUCUGUUUCACCUCGAUUUUCUUAUGCUAGUGUGACCCAUUCGUUAGGAGUGGGAAUGACCACAAACCGUUUUCUCCGUCGAUUCACUUUUAUUCCAUUUGUAUGUGAUUUUUUUCAUUUGUAUUUUGUACUUUAAUCAUGCAUGGCCAACGUAUGAAAUUAGCGUUGUAAUCAUUUACGAUGUUUUUUUUCCAUGUCUUCGGGCAUGGGCCGAAGAAGUUUUUGUCUGUACGCUAUUCCAUACAUAUUAUUUUGUUUUCUCUGGUCAGAUUUUCAAAGUGUUUUCAGAUUUUUAGUGUCUAUAUUGUGCAAUAUUAUUUUAAUUUAAAACAUUUAUUGAUGUUUUAUAAUUUUAGUGGAUAAAUUAUUCGUAUUUAUGCAUUUUUUUUCAAAACAUUGCUAACCUAUAAUUAUUAUCUUU